ACGAGUGUCCCACCUCCUUCUUGUCUUCUGCCACGACAAAGAAAUUGUCUCUGGCGGCUCGACUCUGUCCAAGCAAUGUCGGGAAAUAACGUCUCGCAAACACUACAUAAUUUCAUUCGCUCUCUCGUCCCGGGUCAAGAGCCUCAUGACAGUCCUCAAUUACCACAGCCAGAAGUUCCGGCCAACGACGCCGUUAUUGACGCAGCACCGCAGCCUCUUACCGUGCAGAAUGUGGAGUCUAUGGAUGUAGACGUCCCACCUUCAUCAUCACAAGACGACGAUAACGAUUCCAUGCCACCUUUGAACGACAUUUCAGAGUCAGAGGAAUCUGAUGAGGAUUUCUCUCAAUCUGAUACCAGUAUGGACGCCGACGAGCUGGAAGUCCAACUGCAAGCCAUCAGUGAUGGGCAGGUAUCGGAGUCAAGCCUUCAGCCGCCACCACCACCCACCACAACCUCCAAUACUCCCGCUGCCUCACCUUCACGUAGCAGUACUAGACGCGCGCGUGUUGAAACCGACGAAGACCAGGAUCGUGAUCGUAGGCAUCCAUCACAGCGAGUCCACGUUGAUAAUACUACUCCCGUGGCAGCCAAUGGUCCCCAGCCAGCUCAGCCUCUUCCCCGGAUCCAUUUGCCUUUCCGAAGUGGUCCGGGUCUUCCUCCAGGUGCUGCCGCGAAUCCCGACACUUUCCGUUUCUGGCAGCAUUUCAUGCAGGGUAUUCCAGGACCUCCUGAUGCUUCUAACGUUGCAGGAGGUCCACCCAAUAACGCACAAGCUCCCCCAGCUGGACAGCCACAGAACGGUCAUACUGGCCAUCCAAUGAUGGGUCUCCUUGGGAUCACUAUUGAUCUAAGUGCUGACCCUCACAUUCAUGCUCAUCCACCUCCCAAUCCCACUCCUGGCCAGCCUCCACACCAGCACCAGCAUAUGCCACCGCCUAUGUUUAACCCGCCGACAGGAUUUGUCAAUGUCGGCGACGGUACUGCAUUUACUGAAUUGCUGGCACGCUUUGGAGGGAUGAUGGGUGGCCUCGAGUACGAGCAAGAAGAUCCUGAGAGAGCCAAGCGUCUUAUAAAUGGCUUGGAGGAGGUACCUAUUGGCCUAGUCCGACGACUUGAAAGGGUUGGGGCCGUGGGAGGCUCAGACGAUAACGCAGUGGGUGGCAGUGGCGGCGAUAGCUGUUGCGCCAUCUGUUGGGACCGUCUGUUGGAUGGCGAUGGGAACCAGUUCGGUAAAGAGGAGGAGAGUAACAAAGGAGAUGCUUCUUCCUCAGAUACCACGCAAUCACUGCCUGAAACUUCUCCUGCGACUUCAUCUUCUACUGCUGAAGAGACCCUUAUGCACGACGACUCAUCCGAGUCAAAGACCUCCGCUUCUUUAUCGACUCAGCCUUCUCAUCCCAAAAUUGUCGCUUUACCCUGUGCCCAUGUCUUCCAUGCCUCUUGCUUGAUCCCUUGGUUCUCACGGCCGCGACAGACUACUUGUCCUACUUGUCGUUUCAAUGUUGACCCAGAGAAUCUUACAUAUGUUAGACGACGGCGGACUCCUAGGCCUGCCCCUGCCCCAGCUAAUGCGCCGACCGCGCCAGCAGCUACUGGUAAUGAAGGUACGGCCCCUUCCGUCGAUGCAAAUGCAGAUACCCCGACCACCAAUAAUACUCCCGCAACUGACCCUGUACCGCCUCCACCUGUGAAUGCAGGUGCUGGUCCAGCUGCCGGUAUUGGCGGUCAUGGACUGAAUAUACCUCGAAAUUCAAUCUUCACGCAAGCACUUUUCAAUACGUUGAUGGGGGUGCAGCCCACAGCUGCGGCUGGCGCUGGUACUGGGCCUACUCCUACCGCUCCUUCAGAAACUAUUCCAGACCAGCCCGGUGCCCCAAAUCCGAAUGCAUCUACAGAUGCACCUCGGAAUGGGGGACCUUUACCUCAGAUAUCGGCUGCAGACCUUGUAAACAUAUUCAUGUCAGGUCAUACUAGGGCAUCAGGGACUAAUCCACCAGCUCAAGGGCCCGCCCCGCCUAACCCGACACCGGUUGUAGCCACAAGUCAAGGCGCAACCCCUUCCAGCGAUAAUGAUCUCCCCCCUCUUGAGCCUAUCGAUGCGCCCCUUCCCGAUGCCGCUGCGCAACCAGCUCCUGCGCCUGGUCAACAGCAAGGUGUUCCUUUGAACAAUGAUCAGCGCUCGGAUGGUCAAGACCAAGGGUUUGUUACAAUUGGGUUCGAUAUGAUCUUUGGGCCAGCUCCUGGAGAAGGUGGUGCAGACGAAGUAGUAAUGGGUGAGUUGCCGAAUAAUAUCGAUCUUCACGGCGAAUUCGGUCUGGCUGGCACCUUCGAAGAUCAAUUUGACCAAGCCAUGCACGGUAUCCCCGUACCCCCGCCACCUGAUAACCACGGUCCACAACCUGCACCCAAUCCCCCACAACAGAACAACGCUCCUUCAAUCCAAUCUGAAACACAUAUUCACAUCCAUCGUCCUGGUCACGGACCAGAUGGCGGCAUGCACUUUGCCGCAGGGUCUGGUCGUACUAUCGCAGAGGCGCUUGCGCAAUUACACCGGCACGCACAAGCACAACCAGCUGGUGGUCAGCCAGAACAAGCUAAUCAGCAGCAGCAACCUCAGCUCCCACCCCUCUUCCCUUUCAUGUCACAGCGAUUCCGCGGGGCUGCGACCGGUGCACCUGCUGGCCCAUCUGCCGAAGCCGGUGCGACACCUCCACCGCCACCGCAAGCGACUGCUACUGGAGCGCACGGCAAUGCUGGUACUGGACUUCCUCAUUUUGCACAAUUCCUUCAAGGGGCAGGGUUACCAAUGGGUGCAAUGGGUACGAUGGGCACAGUUCCUCCAUUUAUUAUCGGCGGCGGUACGGGCCCGCACCAUCAACCCCGCCAGCCCACCGAAAGGAAGAAAUGGACACUCCCACCUGCUCCAGGUCCUACACUGCGACAGCGCAUAGAGAGAAAAGAGCGUGAAGCAGGAUUACGGUGUUACGAUAUGAGUUGCGGGGUCGGACCAUCAGACGAAGAUCCUUUUGUAGCUGUAUCGGAGGAGCAAGUGCAUAUUCAGCGCCACGACACCGAAACGGGGCAGGUUAGUGUGGUAUGUGAGCACACCUUCCAUCCAUCAUGUCUGGUAAGUGCCCAGCGCGUUGCCUUGAGGGGUGCCGAUGAGAAUGUUGAAGGAGAGGAUGUCGAGGAAGGUGUCCGUGCUUUAGCUUGAUUCGUUUCUUCUCUUGUAUUGUCCAUGUUGCUUCUUUGACCUUCAUCUCUCCUUCUGCAUUCAUGUUGGCAUUGAUUCAUAUUCCCUCAAGUCUCGCAAUUUUAUGAUAGUACCAUAGAAAUUUUUUGUACAGACAUUGUAUGGUCUUCUGUAAUACAUUAUUCUCACCAGCACAUCGCAAGCUUCCUGACAGAAUAGUGAGAAAUAUAG